UAGGCAGGUAGUCGGUCUCCAGCUCAGCUCCAGGAGGGGGGACUCCUGAUGGAGCUGGGAUGGACCGCCACAGGAUUGGUGGAUGGCUGCACUCGGUGUGGCCCCAUGCCAAGCCCUUAUGUCUUUAUAUACUGUAAACGGAUGACCGGACAGUCCUGAGUGUGCAUCGCAUCCACUCUGCCUCUCUCCAUCUCUACUGCUCUCUGUCUGCAGGGGCCCCUGUCAAUCUUUGACUCCAGCAUCCAAAGCUUCUCCUCCUCAGCUCUCUCUGCUCCCCGGGUGUGAAAACAAUGGCCACGCCGAGCAUACUCUUCACUUUAUCCGUGUGGUUUCUGGCUGGGAGCCUCUUAACGGAGGCGACUUACUACCGGCACCACCGCUACGUUCCCCACUUCUACCGCUACCGGGAGCACUCUGCCAACACGGAAAACCUCCUCCCUGAAGUCUCCAACCCGGAGCCUGAAGUCCCGCAGCCAGGCGUGCCGACCUACCCCCAGAUCCCCGAGGUGUUCCACCCGGCACCAGAGGUCAUCCACACCCUCCCAGAGGCGAUCCACCCGGUGCCUGAAGUCGUCCAUCCCGCACUUGAGCCUUACCAAACACCUGAGGUUUACCAGCCGGUGACUGAAGCCUCCUCCCCCGUCAACAUGAGCCGGGUUUUCUACGGGAUCAUGUUUGACGCCGGGAGCACAGGCAGCAGGAUCCACAUCUAUAAGUUCAUCCAGAAAGACCCCGUUGAACUGCCAGUUCUGGACAAUGAAAUGUACCACGCAGUGAAGCCUGGACUGUCUGCUUACAAGGACAACCCUGAUGAGGGUGGAAACACCAUCCGUCAGCUGCUGAAGAUUGCUAAGAAGACGGUGCCAGAGGACGAAUGGAAGAGGACCCCGGUGGUGCUGAAGGCCACAGCGGGUCUGCGCCUGCUGCCCGAAGACAAGGCCAACGCUCUUCUGAAGGAGGUGCAAGAGGUGUUCAACGAGUCCCCCUUCUUUGUGCCAAACAACAGUGUUUCUAUCAUGAAUGGAGCAAAAGAAGGAGUCCUCGCCUGGGUCACGGUGAACUUCCUUACAGGUCACUUGUACUCCAACACAAGGAGGACAGUGGGCAUCUUGGAUUUGGGUGGAGGAUCCACACAGAUCACAUUCCUUCCCAAGUCAAAGAAAACCAUUCAGUCCGCUCCUGCCACUUAUAUCGCCAACUUCAACCUCUUCGACCAUACGUAUCAGCUCUACACACACAGCUACCUUGGAAAUGGACUGUACGCGGCUCGACUGGCAACUCUCGGAGCACUAGGAGCUGAUGGUCUAGAUUGGAAAAUCUUCACAAGUUCCUGCCUCCCGAAAAAGUUCAGAGAAGAUGUGACUUUUGGAGGAACCACCUACAAAGUUAGCGGGAUUCCAGACGGCUAUGCAGGCUAUAAGCUGUGCUACUAUGAAGUUAUGAAGGUCAUCAAAGGAAUCGUGCACCAGCCUUAUGAGGUGAAGGGCAGCAGCAUCUUCUACGCUUUCUCCUACUACUUCGACAGAGCUGUGGAGUCUGGCCUCAUCGAUGGCAGCCGAGGUGGUGCGGUUGAAGUCAGGGAUUUUAAGAAGAGAGCCAAGGAAGUGUGCAACAAAAUGACCAAGUACCGUGCUAUCAGCCCCUUCCUCUGCAUGGAUAUGACAUAUAUCACUUGUCUGCUAAAGGAGGGCUUUGGCUUCAAGGACAGCACUGUGCUGCAGCUAGCCAAGAAGGUGAACAACGUGGAGACAAGCUGGGCCCUGGGGGCAACCUUUGACUACUUCAGAAACCUCAACAUCCACUAAGGACAGCUUGCUGUCACUGCAGCCAGCACUGAGAGGGACAGUCUGUCACUGUGGGGCUUCCCGUCCUCCGUCCACCCCUCGAUCAGCCCGUCCCCUCGCAGACACACCUGGUCCCAACCAAGCUUCCUCACCCACCACGCCCUCCUCCUCUUUUCCUUCAACCUCAGCACCCU